UUCUGAUUCGCUCAUUCGAUUAACACAGCACAGAGAGAAACCACAUGUCCGUAUUCUUAAUGUUGGUGCAGCAGCUACAAUCGCGAGGUCAUUCUCACCUUGUUCAGGUAGAUGUUUAGUUGAUGUAGUCUGUCUGUGCUUCUUUCUACGGUAGAAGUGUUUCUUGCACGGCGUGAUCCGGUCGUUUACGGAGCAAGACUCGACGUGCAGCACAGCUAGCCCCGGAGUCUCUUCGUUCACGUCACGUCCUCUCUUCUUAGCCGCUGCCACCUCGUGCGCCUAUUCAAAAGCCCCAGAACCAGCACAAGGUCUAUUUCUGCCUUAAUGGGCGCUAUCAACGCAACCUGCCUUCCCGCCUGUGUCCCGUCCCAGGCGCCCGCGGAGUGCGAUGCGUGCGGCCCGAAGCAGCGCGACACACGGGACCUGCGCGCCGAACCGCGACGGCCCUCGUCCUGCGGGCCCUUCGAGUGCGGCGCCUUCAGGGAGCCCGUAGCCUUCAAGGCCUUUGUGUCUGCGAGGGAAGCACGCAUAGAGGCCAACCGCCUCUGGCGACUCGGGCGGAUGGAUGCCGCUUACGACGCGUUUAGCCAGGCACUCACCAUGGUUGAAGGGAGCUCAUCUAGUGCGAGUGGUGGGGUCUUGGAUUUGUCCUCCAUAAAUGGCGGAUCAGGAUCACCCUCCAGGAGCAGCCAACUCGCUGCCGCGACAAGCGCAACGGCCGUCGCACCGGGGUCAACGUCGCUGCCCGGGGGAGCACGCAUUGAUCCAGCGGCGAACGCAGAAGAGGUAGAGAACAUUCUCACCUACAUCUUGUGGCCCCCUUCACUGGUGUAGGUCUUCACGGUGUGCUGGUACUAUUCAAACAACUGGAGGUUUUUAUCACACCAUGCGUCUUCUGAUACUUUCUUACUUCAAGAACACACGACAUGUUUAAUAUGUUUUUAUUUGUCCAAAAUUUUUAUCAGGUUCAAAUCGACCCCACAUCACUGUCCACCACCUACGAUGCGACGUUCCAAGCGGAACUUUUUGACGAGCUCGCGGAUUUUCUAUUUGAGAACCACCCCAACCCGGAUCCCGCGAUAGCGUUGUACGACAAAGCCGCCCACGCCGAACCCACCGUGCCUCUGCGGUGGUACAAGAAGGGCGUGGCACUGCAAAUGCAGAGCAAGUACAACCUCGCCCAGCAAAACUUCGAAAAGGCGCUGGCCAUCGACCCCAAGCACCGGGGGGCGCGGUUCAAUCUAGGUGUGGUCCAUUUCAACACCGUGCAGUACACGACGGCGCUCGAGAUGUUUACGGGGUUGUACGAGGAGGCCGAGAAACUACUAGCAACUCAGGCAACAGCAACAUCCUCAACAAGCGCCGGGACGAUAUUAGCAAGUCAGGCCGUCAGUAACUGGGGCGGCCCCGGUGCGGAUACGGGGGGUAGCAGCACCUCGCGAAUAAAUGGUAACACAAACACGGGAUCACCGGUUAUAGAUUUGGAGACUGCACUGCAGACCAGUGCGGCACGUGGUCGUGGAGGUGCUACUAACACGACUUCUACCCCGGGCGCCAGCGCUAGAACAUCAAUGCCGGCGACUUCCCGAAACACCAAUGCAAACACCGUGAAUAUCGACGAACUGGUGAACCUGCUAAUUCUGAUUGCCGACUGCCACGAGAAGCUUGAGAGUCCGCAGAAGGCCGCGGAGUUUUUGCACAAGGCACUGCAGGCCGAUCCGCAAAACCGCACGGCCGCGAAACAACUGGAAGACAUUCAAGACCGGUUGGCGCCUCCCGGCGAUCUCCGGGGCCGGAGCAGCCCGCAUAGGCGAAGAACCACCGGCGCGGGACACAUUCUGCUCGACGCAGAAACCGUCACGGUCGGCUGUUAUUCAUACUAGGUGUGGAGGAAGUUUUGGAAUGUUGAACAAGUGAUGCGUGAUGAAUACCUGCAACCGCAAAGUGGAAGUGGAUCUAUCUUGUUGCAACGUGAACAAAUUUUCUUUCACUGACGCAGUCCUCAAGUCGUAAGACCAUGUAUGAAGAUAGUUGAAGUCGUAGAUGCAGCGAAAGCGGACACCAGCUCGUCGGAGCAGUUAAAUCCAUGAGUAGCAACAUCUUCGUACAACUUCUACACAGUGGCGCGUAUGACAAACAGAAAAU